GUAAAGUAAUAGCGUUUAAGUUCGAUAAAUAUUAGUUUAGUAUAGAAUUAUCUAUCAGAAAGUUAUAAAGGUUUACCAAAAUGGAUGUAACGGAUAAAGCAUCAACAUUCAAACGUGGCUCCGAUCCAAGACUCAUAACAACUCGUGGAAAACUUCAGAACAGAAGAUGUAAACUGAAUCAGGAAAUCAACAAAGAGCUUCGUUUACGGGCUGGAGCGGAAAAUCUUUACAAAGCAACUUCUAAUAAAAAGCUUCGAGACAAAAUAAAUUUAGAAUUGAGUUUUAUGAACUCAACACUUCAGCUUUUGAAAGAGCAAUUAGCCGAAUUGAAUUCAGCGGUUGAUGUGUACCAACACGAAAAGCAUGAAGAUUAUUUACCGAUGAUUCCGCUUGGACUGAAAGAGACAAAAGACGUUGAUUUUUUUGAACAAUUCUCCGAUUUUAUUCUCGAGCAUUAUUCGGUCGAUCCGGCAAACUUCGAAGAUGCCAUACUUGACUUGAUCGACACAAGACAGGCUACGAGAACACCAACCAGAGACAUAGAGCUGCAUGGUGUAGAUUUGCUAUGUAAAUAUUACAACCUUCUUUAUUUCGCUGAACGAAGAUUUUUUCCCGUCAAUCGGAACUUAGGAUUGUACUUUGAAUGGUACGACUCACUAACAGGUGAGCCAACGUGUCAAAAAACUAUUACGUUGGAGAAAGCAUCAACUCUUUUUAACAUUGCUGCACUCUAUACACAAAUCGGUGCAAAACAAGACCGUACGCAACUUAAGGAACUCAAUGGCGCUGUUGAUUGUUUCUUAAAAGCUGCAGGAAUUUUCCAACAUAUUAUUGAAACAUUUACAAACGCUCCAUCAACCGACUUAAAGCCGUUUGUGCUUGAAGUGUUUGUAUAUUUAAUGAGAGCGCAAGCACGAGAAUGCAUCUUAAAGCGACUUCAAAUGGAAAAUUCGCGAGAUUACGAAAUUCUACUUAUCGAAGCGCAAUGUCUUAUGCGAGAAUACAGUAAAAUACAUUACGACGUACAAAGCAAUGAAAUCAAUUUUCCUGCAUGUUGGGAGGCGUUAAUACCAUUGAAGACAGAAUACUUCAAAGCAUUAUCACACGUGUACUUUGCGAAAAGUAUUUCAAAAAGCGACACUGUAAAAAACGAGAUCAUUGAUGAGAAGCACCGUUUGAAGACGAUAAAAGCACAUUUGCAAGCAUCACAAGCGAGUCAUGAAGAGAUUUUAAGAUUGCAACGGAUGUGUCGGGAGCUUAGAAACAAAAUUAACAUAGCCAAAGUUCUUCACAACUUGGAAGAAUGUAUUGUAAAUGAAAUGUUCACGUUACCUGAGAAUAUUAAAGACGAUGAAGGUGAAAUUAUCGACACGACUCUGAAAGAAGCACAAUCAAAGUACACGUUAGUUAAUACAGCGCCAGAUUUUGGUAAAGUCGACGAUCCAUUUAGAGACCUUGGACCGAUCACAGUUUUCUCUGCAAGGCGAUCUUGGUCAGCGCCACGAAGUGUUAGACUACAUAAAACUGACUAUCAAACAAGAAGCUAUGGAACGGAAGAAUUUGGAUUCUCCAUAAAGAGCGAGUCUCCAGUGAUGAUAUCAAGUGUGGACAUCAAUUCUGUCGCUGAUUUAGGUGGCAUCAAAGUUGGAGACUAUAUAGUAGAAAUAGCAGGACAUGAGGCUAAAUGGUUUACGCAAUCGCAAAUUCUAGAAAAUAUUAGAGCUUCUAUGAACACGUUAGACUUGAAAGUCAUUACACCAAUGAUUUAUCAAAAACAGGAUUCUGCAGACAAAAACAAGAAGCUGGAAAGUUAUGCCGAAUCUUCAUCGGGAUUUUCAUCAGGAGCAUCAAGUCCAACAAAUACAAACAAGCCAAUUAAGGGGCGCUUUGCAGGUGUUUGGAAUCGCUUGAAAGCACACAGUAUUCAAAAAGGAUUGUUUCAUCAUUAAAAGAAAAUAAAAAAUAUCAAAGAAGCGAAAUUAUGUUAAAUUUUUUAAAUUAUUAUUAAUAUUAGAAAAAACUUUAAAUAUUUAAUUUAUGAAAAUAAAAAAGAAACGUGAUGAAUUCUUUGAUGUUAAGCAUAAA